ACAUAGUAAGGAAAAGCUGCCAAAAAGAAAUAAAGCCAUCCUCCUUUAAUUUUGGCUCAUUAGCUCCCUUAGAUCCCAGGAUUUCUAUUUGUUCAGGAAAUUAUUGCUUGGGUGCUCAUUGAUUGCAGGGGGAAAAAAAUCAAGAAGUUCAAACUACAAAAAGGAGAGAGAGAGAGGUUUUCCAUUGAGGUCCCUCCAUCUCUACCAAGCUCUGUUGUUGCUUUCCCUAUUUGACUCCCUUCCAAUUCCCGUAAAACAUUCCUUUCCAUCAACACUUUCCAUCUCUGUUCUCUGCCAGCCCUUCUCUCGCUUGAUUCCUUUCAAAGCCUCCAUCCUUCCUUCUCUUCGCUGUGUUUCUUGGUCUGGUAUUGAGAAGGGACUCGGGAUCUCGACUGUCUCUGUCUACUCUUCUCUCUUCUCCCCCUUGAUUGCUUUCGCACUUCCAUGGAGUUCUCUUUAGAGCUCUUUCUAGGUUCCAAAAAGGAGUUUAGAAGGUCAAGUGAAGAGUUGCUUGGGGUGCUUUGAGAGUUGAAGCAGCUCCGAGCGCAGUUCCGAGGUGAUAUUUUUUUUGUUUUUCUCUUGUUUCCUUGCUUUUUGGGUGGAAAAAUUGGAGGAGAUGACAGCAGAAGAGAGAAAGUGGAGCAUGGGGAGAGAAGGUGGGCCCAAAGACCAGUUUCCGGUCGGCUUGCGGGUUCUGGCCGUUGACGAUGAUCCAAUUUGCCUCAGGUUGCUUGAGGCUCUUUUGCUUCAAUGCCAGUAUCAAGUUACGACGACUAAUCAGGCUAUCAUGGCUCUGAAGAUGCUGAGGGAGAACAAAGACAAGUUUGAUCUGGUCAUCAGUGAUGUCCAUAUGCCCGACAUGGAUGGUUUCAAAUUGUUGGAGCUUGUGGGCCUCGAAAUGGACCUCCCAGUCAUCAUGCUAUCGGCCAAUGGUGAGACCAAAGCAGUGAUGAAGGGGAUAGCCCAUGGUGCCUGCGACUAUCUUUUGAAACCUGUUCGGAUUGAAGAACUCAGGAACAUAUGGCAGCAUGUGGUUAGGAGGAGGAAAUUUGAUAGCAAAGAUCAUAAUAAUUAUGAUAACGGGGAUGAUUCCGAUAAGGCCCAGCAGGGUCAGACUACUGGUGGAUCAUCUGAUCAUGGCGGGAAACUCAACAGAAAGAGGAAGGACCAGAAUGAGGAUGAUGAAGAUGAUGGUCAGGAAAACAUGCAUGAGAAUGAAGAACUGUCCACUCAGAAAAAGCCGAGGGUUGUGUGGUCCGUUGAGCUGCAUCGAAAAUUUGUAGCUGCUGUCAAUCAGUUGGGAAUUGACAAGGCUGUGCCUAAGAGAAUACUUGAUCUGAUGAAUGUUGAAAAGCUCACAAGGGAAAAUGUUGCAAGCCACCUACAGAAGUACAGGCUCUACCUCAAAAGACUCAGUGCUGUGGCAAGCCAACAAGCUAACAUGGUUGCUGCUUUUGGGGGGAGAGACCCCUCCUCUUUACAUAUCGGUUCUUUGGACGGAUAUGGAAAUUUUCAUGCAUUGGCUGCUUCUGGUCAGCUACCAGCCCUUUCAUCUUUCCAAACAAAUGGAGUGCUAAGUAGAACAAAUCCGGCUGGAUAUGGACUGCGUGGUUUUGCUACCUCAGGAAUAGUUCAACCUGAACAUACCCAUUGCAACACAAACAAUCCCAUCAAUGAUCUUAGUAAGCUUCAGCACAUUAGUGUACCAGGAAGCCAACAUGGGAAGUUGCUCCAGGGGAUGCCCACAACAAUGGAAUUAGACCAAUUGCAACAACACAAGAGGAUGCAGGAAGCAAGUAUCCAUUUACCUGGUGGUUUCUCUGGUGCUAGACUGGCUACUGGCAGCUCCAGUAACUCAUUUGUCAAUGUAACAAACAGCCCAUUGUUAUCACAAGCAUAUCGGCAGCAUACACAGUCAAAGGGGCUGGGCAAUCACUCUUCUGUAGGAAUACCAUCCAUGAGCUCAGACCCUUUCCACAUGAGUGUUGGUGUUUCUUCCCAUUUGCCUGAUCUUGGUAGAUGUAAUGACACCUGGCAGGAUGCUGUUCCAUUAACCAGCUAUACAUCCAACACUUUGUCUAUGAAUGCCCCUUUUCAUCAUAAUGACUUAGCUAAUAUGGGAGCCAGUGUUCCAGUAGUUUCACACAUAGACAGAAAUCGUCUGAAUAUUUCUUCCAGCAGUGUAGUAGCGGCACCUCCGCAUGAUGCUGUCACUGGAAGACUUGUGCAGUGCCAAGCCAGCUCUCUUGGUGGGAACACGAUGCUAAUGCCUUCAGCUAUAGAGGAAGACUCAAAGUUCUUGAACUUCGGAAGUGCAGGCACCACUAAACAGAAAUCAAAGGAGGCAAAUCAAGACCAUAUUCAUGAACCUAAUCUUAUAUUCAAUUCUUAUUCAAAUUCUUCAUUGUCAAGUAAGCUUAUAGUUGAUUCUAUUGCUGAGAAUCAGAGACUGAACAACGGUUAUCUAAGCAAAAAGUUGGACAUAAAUGGGGUUGGCCAAACAAAUUUUAUUGCUCCAGUUCCUGAACAGAAUUGCAAGAUUGAUAAGUCAACCACCAAUAUCCAGCCGACCUUUAAGGAGGAUUCUACUUUGGAGAUUUCUAAAUCGCUGGGUGGAUUCAAUUCUAGUGGCUGCAGCUUUUUUGAUGAUUUGGUCAAUUCCAUGAUCAAACCGGACAAGGAUGACAUUGCAUUCAUGGAUGGUGACAUAGGUUGCGACUUCUAUCCUCUAGGUGCCUGCAUGUGAAGCCCUUUGUAGGUUGUUUGGUGCUGCUGUCUAGUAAAGGAGUUUGUAACAUUAUUUAGUCAGUUUGUGGCAAAAGAUUCUAGCUGCAAUUGCUGCUACUGUUCUGAUUGCUGUAUAGAUUAGGAUCAUCAGAUAAGAGGUGGUAUUGCAUUUGGAAUUUUGUGGUGCACAGCCAUGGAUUUUGAUUUUGAUUUGAUGGUUUCUGUGAGCUAUGA